CAACAAAUGGAGUAAUGCGCAAAACGGGAAUAUUUAGGGUUAGGGCCAAAAGAUUUUCUCUGUACAAAUAUUCCCAUUGAUUUCUGUUCUGGAAACCCCUCAAUUCUCUCGAUUUAUCACAAGUUUUUCCAUUUUGAUUCUCUCUGCUCUGCAUUUGGUACCUGUUUUCUCCUUCUUCAGGGUUUCAAUUGUUCUGUGUUUUAGUUUUGGUUGUGAGAUUUAUCCGUGUUAUUAGGGCUUUGUACAUUGAAGAAGAAGUUGGUUCUUUCCACCAAGUUGUGUUCUUGGAAGUAGUAGUUUGCUAACUUUCAUUGAAUUUGAGGUGCUUGGCUGAAUGGGUUACUGAGUUGUUGCAGCUAUUGCUUGAUUUUUGCUGGUUGUAAUUACGCAAAUGCUAGGUUUUUUUCUGCUCAAGUGUUCUUCUGGGAAAUUGAGAAUUAUUAAGUAGUGAAUGUGAAUGUAUCCUCUUGGUAUGGAUUAUUUGCGCGAAAGUGGGCUGGUGUUGAUUCCGACGAGGUUUGUGUGGCCUUAUGGUGGGAGAAGUGUGUACAUCAGUGGCUCGUUUACAGGGUGGACACAGUGGCCAAUGACCCCGGUUGAGGGUUGCCCUACAGUGUUUCAGACGAUCUGUAGCCUGCCGCCCGGUUAUCACCAGUACAAAUUUGUGGUUGAUGGUGAAUGGAGAUAUGAUGAACACCGGCCUUUUAUCAGUAGUAACAUUGGAACAGUGAACACUAUCCUUUUAACCAGGGAAUCUGAUUACCUUACUCCAAUGUUAAGCCCACAAAUGCCUCCCUCUGGUCCUGGUUCCAGCAUGGAUGUAGACAACGAGGCCUUUCAGCGUGUGGUUCGAUUGUUAGAUGGUACAUCCCCUGAACCCUUUCCUACGAUAUCGGAGGCAGAUUUAGAGAUUUCCAGGCAUCGUAUUGCUGUAUUCAUGUCGACACACAUGGCUUAUGAGUUGCUCCCUGAAUCUGGGAAGGUUAUUGCUUUGGAUGUUGAACUGCCUGUGAAGCAAGCAUUUCAUAUUCUGCAUGAGCAGGGAAUCUCUGUUGCACCCUUAUGGGACUUCUCAAAGGGAAAAUUUGUUGGAGUUCUCAGUGCACUGGAUUUUAUUUUGAUUAUGAGGGAGCUUGGCAGUCAUGGGUCCAAUUUGACCGAGGAAGAGCUGGAGACACAUACUAUAGCUGCUUGGAAAGAAGCAAAGUCAUAUAUGAAUAGUCAAAUUAAUGGUCAAGGAGGUGUUGUUUCCAGACAGCUUGUACAAGCUGGGCCUGAUGACAGUUUGAAGGAAGUUGCUUUGAAGAUUUUGCAAAAUGGUGUAGCCACAGUUCCCAUUAUUCAUUCUCCUUCAGCAGAUGCCUCAAACCCACAUCUGUUACAUCUUGCUUCACUUUCUGGAAUACUAAAAUGUAUUUGCCGGUUUUUUAAGCAUUCACCAAGCUCAUUACCAGUACUUCAGUUUCCAAUUGGUGCAAUCCCUUUGGGCACUUGGGUUCCGAAAAUUGGAGACCCGAAUCGACGGCCAUUGGCGAUGUUGAGACCCAGUGCUUCACUUAGUGCAGCAUUGAAUUUAUUGAUUCAAGCACAAGUUAGUUCUAUCCCUAUCGUUGAUGAUAAUGACUCUUUAUUGGAUGUAUAUUCUCGAAGUGAUAUAACCAGUUUGGCAAAGGACAGAAUUUAUACACACAUUAAUCUGGAAGAAACAACUAUUCAUCAGGCAUUGCAGUACAGAGACGACCCCUUUUCCAUGUAUGGGUCCAAUAACCAAAGAUGUUUUAUGUGUUUGCGUUCUGAUCCUCUCCAUAAGGUCUUGGAGAGAUUAUCCCAACCAGGGGUGAGACGUCUUAUUGUUGUUGAAGCUGGAAGCAAGCACGUAGAGGGGAUCAUUUCUUUGGGCGAUGUUUUCCGGUUUCUCAUGAGCGGUUAAACCAAAAAGCAACUGACCCCGUGAAUAUACAUUUGGAUUUUUAUCUCAUUCAUGGCCUGGUUUUAAGUUAAUAGGCUGAAAGAUGAGGAAUGUAAGUGGAAGUUUGGGGUUUGCCUGAACCUGCUGGUCUUCCCUUAAGUUGUCAUUUCCUAGUUUGUCUCUCCUAGCUCCAAAAAGUUCUCUGCUUCUGCUAUGCAAAGUAGAGAGAAAAAAUAAGAAAAAUAGGGAUGGUGAUUGUAUGAUUCGAUUUUUCUUUUUCUUCUUUUUUCCCCCUUAAAUUAUGUAUAAUUCUUGGCAUUGCUCUGUUUCUGAAA